AUGGCAGCCAGGAAAGAGUUGCAGUUUGAAAAGUUAAUCGAUGAAGCUACAAGAAAAAAAGCUGUCCAGUCAUUAGAACAGUUUCUGGCAACAGAAAACUGUGAAAAUAUCUCUUACAAAUGCAGCAAACAGUUUGUCAACAAAUUGGACAAGCUUCUCUGUCAGGAACUUGACAAAAAAGAAUUCAGAAGCGUUUGCACUGUACUAAACUGUAUUGAAAAACAUGGGAAACAAAUCAGCAUAGCAGGAGAAGAUGGGCUCCCGGCAAUGAUGAAAUUUGGUCUUAUCGGAAGGAUGGCUAAUUGGUUUGAAAAGGUAAAAGAAAUUGUCAUCCUUGGUGGAACUGGAAAGACUGAAGCGCUUAUAAAUCUGGCCGAGGAUUUCUUCAGUGUGUUGCUGGCUAUAUGUGAUAGCGGACAUGAAGGUAAAAUGCAAGUAGCAGAAAACUUUGUUCUGAGAACAUGUACCCUUAUUGCUGAUGCGAGAGUUAGUGUUUAUGUUCAGCAGGAGGUAGUAAGAAAAUUUAAUUUAAUCCUUGACAACACACCUCGAGAUGCCAGGAAAAAGAUAUUUUCUACAAAGGAAAUGUUGCUUGCCAUGUGUGGCAUGGGAGAAAGAAUUUUGGAUGCUGGAGACUAUGACCUGCAGGUAGCCAUUACAGAAGCUUUAUGCAGAAUGGUGUCACAGAAACAGAGAGAAGAACUGGCGUGCCAGUGGUUUUCCAUGGAAUUUGUGUCCAAUGCAUUUAAAGGGAUUAAAGAUUCUGAGUUUGAAACAGAUUGCAGAAAAUUCCUUAACCAAGUGAAUGGCAUGCUUGGAGACAAAAGAAGGGUUUUCACAUAUCCUUGCCUAUCAGCAGCUCUUGAUAACUAUGAACUACAGAUACCAAUGGAUGAAAAUCUGGAAGAAUUUUGGAUUGAUUUCAAUGUUGGUAGCAGAAGUAUAUCUUUCUAUGUGGCAGUUGAUGCAGCACUUCAGUGGGAAACAGUCAUUAUACCAGAAGAGGAGGUAGACCUCUACACCAUUGAAGAAAAAGAUUCAAGGAAGCUAUUAACAAUAGCUCUAAAAAGUCCAAUGAACGUGGGUAAUCAAGAAGGACUGAAAUUUUUUUUGUAUUUUGAUUCUAUCUUGGAAAUCAAAGAUGUAACCAGAAAGAUAUAUGGACUCAGUAAAUGUAAGGGCUUUAGUAAGAAGUACUCUGCAUCUGUUGCCAAAACAACUGUGCAUGUCGUCUUUGAUGAAAGUGGAUCACAGCUUCUGGUACCAGAAAGCCAGUUGUCACCAUGUUUGGAAGAAAAAUCUGAAGGGGAGAAACUCACUAAGUACAAAACCCAGCAGCUUCCUGGAACUUUGAGGACUCAGAAUAAAAAUAACAGUCAAGAAAAAAGCAAAGAUGAUUGCUCCAAGAUAACUGCAUCUUGUAAAAGGAAAGUGUCAGAAGCAUCUGUGCUUAUUCCUGGAAUUGCGAGAUUUCCCACAAGGAGUCCACUGGUAUUUGCUAGCACAUCCACUCCUUGUAAAGGACGAUAUAAGAUGCCUCUGGAAAUGAUGAGCUCUGCUGAAAGUUCAAACACUAUUGCAGUAAAUGAGACCAGAACAAAUAAUUUUUAUCAAAAACCUACUGGAGUAUGCAUACCAUCUGUAGCUAAAGUAUUAAUUGAUGCCAAAUUAAUGUCUCAUUUAGAUGAAGUGCUAGAUAUUGUUCCUGAUUCUCAGCCACCAGGGAGAAGCAACAAAUCUUUGCCGUCUGAUCUUUUCGAGAGUUCUUUGGAUAAAACCAAAACGUGGAAAAAAAGAGCAUGCUCUGUUCCUGAGAAGAACAUAACAGCAGAUGACAUGCAAAAGCAAAAUCCGUCGUUGGCACGUACAUCCCAACUAGGUUACGUGUCAUCUUUGUAUUAUAAUAUCACAAAUGAGGAAUCUGAUGUUCUCUUUGCAAAAGAGACUGAAAAUGCAAUGCCAUCAAAGACUAAAACAAAGUCUAAAGAAAUAACAGAUGCAACGAAAUCACUAAUAAGUAAAAUCAGUGACAGAUAUAAACAAAAUGCUGAUGAUAAAAGGAAAGCAGGCAACUCUUUGAGUUUUAACAGGCCACAUUUAAAUAAAUCCUCUGUCUUCAAGGAAAAACUUCAGGCUAGAAGGACCAUUCCUGCUCUUAAUACAACUGCUAGUCAUGUAAUGGAUGAUGUCUACAACUUUAACAUCAGUGGGUUUGAUGAGCCUACAAUAAAGCUUGGAGUCCAAGAAUUGAGUGUUACUGAACCGAGUGUUCCUAUAGAUCCAACCAAAAAAGGGAAUGCAGGUGACAGUGAAACUAGCACCAAAGUGAAAGAAAGAAAAAAAACUAGAAAGAAUCAAAACAAGAAACAUCUCUUCAGUGACACAGACACAGAAUACAGAGGUGAUGACAGCAAGACAGAAGUUAGUUGGCUGAAAGAAUCAAAUAGACAGUCUAAAGACCGAAUAAUUGAUUACAGUAGAAAUAAGAAUUUGUGGAAACCAGUGAGCCCAGACAAAACAGAUAAAUCCUCUGAACCUGCCUGCCACAUGGACAAACCUAAAGGCAAAAAUGCAACUAAGAAAAAGGUAAAUGAAUGUAAAAAGGAGAAUCCAAGAACGGAUGGAACGGCAGGACAAAGCACCAGAAAAAAACUACCUCGAAGAGCAGCAUUAGCAAAAAAUUAUAAAGAACCUUCCAGCUCAGAGUCAGACAGUGAAAAGGAAUCUCCAGUGCAUACCUCUAAGGAGGAAAAAUCAAAAAUACAGAAGCGUGCAAGUGGGAAAAUCAAGGAUGAUAAUCUGCAAAAGGACCUCCGGAGUCCUCUAUAUUUGGAGCCAAAGACAGGAGCUUGCUAUGUACAAAAAGCAUUAAUUAAAUCAAAGAACUCUGCAGAACUAAAGGAAUCUGAAAUUCCUUCGUUUGAGUGUCCUGCAUCUCCCGAGACAAUGAGAUGUGCUGAAAGAGUAUCAGAAGAUGUUACUCAAGAGCAUGCUUACAGUGAUAGAUCACCUAGUCUGCAGGAGUCGACACCAGAACAACAGGAAACAUUAAGCUUCGAGAAGAGAAUCUCUCCCCAAAAUGUCUUUUCACGAAAAAAGGAUAUUCAAAGCGUAUGUCUAAAUCAGUCCCCUGAGGCAUCUGUUAAAAAGUUAACAUUUGGAAAUAAGUAUGUCUCACCAGUUUUAACUGAACCAUCUUUGAUCAGCUUAACGACAUGUAAAGUGGUCAAUGGAAAACAGGCAAAGGGAUCUGUAUCUGAACCACGUCAUGAUAAUGAAGAUCUACGUUUCAGACCUUGCCUUUCAGACACACUUUCUAUUAAAGGGCAGCAACAAGACAUCACUAGAUCCAUCAUCAAAAGUAAAGAUGAGGUAUUUACUAAAUCCUUGGCUCUUCAGAAGAGGGGUGCAGCUUUUUUGUCUUAUCUAGAUGUAGCGCCGCCAUCUCUUUCCAGUGGAAGUAAAGCACAAUCUUGGAAUGAAGAGCCUUAUGGUCCUGUACAUAAGUCAGGACCAACUGUACAGAAAUUUUCCAAACGAAGGUACCACAGUGGUACAGAAAGCAAUUCUGAUGAAGCAGAAGCAAGCAGUGAGGAGGAGAAGAAAGGAAAGAGAAGACCAAAGUUACAGCCCAGAAAAUUAUUUAAAACAGCUGAUUCUGGUACUUACAGAGUGUCUGAAAGCAUGUCUACUGUCUCGCUAAAUGAGGUGGCUGUUUUGGAUGGGGAAAGCUGGGAACCUGAUUGUUCAACUAUCAGCAUAUGCCAGAAGCUCCAAAAAGAAUUUACUAGGAAGAUUGAGAGCCGCUCACAGAAAAUGGAGCAUUUUACCAAGCAAUCAUUAAGAGCUGUCCAUGAGCAUUUGGCAACAAUGAGUUACCAGCUUCAUGAAUGCAGGAGCAAGCAGAUGGAGAAAUUUCAUUUUGCUCUUCUUGAGGAGCUUGAGAAUUUUGAAAAAGAUUCUCAGUCCCUGAAAAGCUUGGAAAAAGAAUUCUCGAUCUUUUGGAAAAAACAUACACAGACUUUUAGUACAUACAGGAAAAAUGAGCAACAAAGAGUCCAGAUUCUUAGAACUUCAUUUGAAAAGAAUAUCUACCAUACAGUUGACCAUGAAGAACAUAUUUUCACUUCAGAGAUGCAUCUGAUGAAAGAAGACAUAAAAAGACUCCAAGAAAAACUUCUUAGAGAAAUGCAAGAAGAGGAACUGUGUAAUGUUCGCAGAGCAUUGCAGACAAUAUUUCGCUCAGAAGACAGAAUUCUGAAGUAAUAUUUUCAAGUUUCUUCCUGAAAUUCAAGGUGAAUUAUAAACA